AUGUCCGACCGAGGGAACGAGAAGGAGAGGAGGAGGAGCCGUCUCAAUGACGUGGAGAGGAUGGAGAUCAUUGAGAAGUUGCAGGGCUCCUCUGGGAAGAGCCAGAGGGCCAUCGCGCGGGAGUAUGGCGUGUCGCACGUGUCCAUCAUCAAGACGCUGAAGCAGCAGGACGCCAUCCGGAACCGCGUUCAGAACCUGCCCGAUUCCACCAGAGCCAAGACCUUCCGGGCAUCGAACCCUUCCUUCCCUGCCAUGGAGGACAAGCUCUUCGACUGGAUACAGGAGUGCCAGAGAAAGGGCAUCGAGGUGUCCGCUGCGCAGGUGAAGGCUAAGGCCGUGGAGAUCGCAGCACAGCAAGGCGCCGCGGGGACGUUCAGGGCGUCUUGGAAGUGGUUGUCGAACUUCAGGAGAAGGAGGAACCUACAGAACAUU